GAAAAAAACAAAUUGCCAUUAAAAUAACGUUGUACCGAUUCUUAUUUAAUUUCAUUUAUUUAAUGUUUCAGGUUUACGAAAAAUAAAAAAAUGAAACGAGAGCAUCCUACAUAUAAAAUAAUAUCCGAACAAUUAAUGGACGUGAAUUCAGAUUUUGAAGAAGUUAAUAAUCACAUAUCCCAGGCACAACCCAUAUCAGUAAACAACGCGCCAUCGCCACCAACAUCGCUAACACUACAGCCACCACCAUCGCCAUUGUCACAGCCACCACCAUCGCCAUUGUCCUCGCCACCACCAUCACCAUUGUCCUCGCCACCACCAUCGCCAUUACUACAGUCACCACCAUCGCCAGCGCCACCGCCAGCACCAUCGGCAACGCCACGGCCACGACCUUCGCCAUCGCUACCGCCACCACCAUCGGCAUCGCCACAGCCACGACCAUCGCCAUCGCUAUUGCCACCACCAUCGGCAUCGCCACAGCCACGACCAUCGCCAUCACUACCGCCACCACCAUCGGCAUCGCCACGGCCACGACCAUCGCCAUCGCCACCGCUACCACCAACGACCAACCAUGAAAAUGGUGAGAGAGUGACACUGUCACUAACUGAACUUAACGGUUUAAUUAGUGACAACUCAAAGUUGGUUAUCGAAAACGCGGCAAUGAAAGAACAGUUGCAGCUGUCUAAAACUAUUGAAGAGCAAACUCAACGCGGGUUUGCUAUGGUGCAAGUACAGUUAGACAAAAUAUUCCAAAUAUUGCAACAAAAUAUUAAGACUGGCCAGACUGCACCUAUGACUGCUACAACUGUCGUGGACGAAGAAAUAGCUCUGGGAGACAUAACGUUCCCGAUCAAUGCUCUAAACGAGCUUGAGUUACUGGAGCGUCAUUUGUCGGAUGCCGCAUAUGAAAAAGUUUUGAUUAAACAUUUUUCUAAAGUGUGCGGCGAAAGUGGUCGUCUAAAAGUCGCAAAAAUUGGACUUGUGUUAAUAAAAGCAAUGAUAACUGACGAAUUGUUGACCAAUUUUACAUGGAAGGGUAUAAAACCAUCUCCAAAAAUUGCUUUCUACAAUUUUUUCAGAUUAAGAAAGUUAAUAUUUAGUAUAUUAAAACUAGCCGACCACAAUUGUGCAGCUCAGGAUGUGGACAAUUUUUUGCAAAACAGUGUCAUAAAGCACUGCACCCAGCGGAAUAAGCGCAAAUUAUCUAACCAAUUGCUACAAAAUUCAGAGGAAAAAAAGAAGGAAGAAGGUAAUGAAACACACAAAAAUACAGAUGAAAGCUCGACGCAAUCGGGCGAUUCUUAA